AUGAAACCCGCUAUUGCUGUUCCAGCGACGCUGGCGCUCAUCGUCUAUGCGUCGGCCAAGCGGUCGCUGACCCCCUUGGGUCUCGUGGCCGCGUCAGUGACGGCGUUUGCGCACGCAUAUCACCCGUGGAAUCUGCCCUUUGCGCUUCUCGUGGCAUUUUUCCUGGCCGGAAGUCGCGUUACAAAGAUUAAAAAGGAUGUCAAGGCCAAGCUCACGCUCAGCGCAGCUGGUGCAUCGGCUGGCGAGGGCCCCAGAACCCACGUCCAAGUAUUCGCCAAUUCGCUCGUCGCCUCCAUCUUGUCGAUUCUACACGCGCGUCAGCUCCGCCAGCGCGCCGCCGCCUACGCCGACCCCAGCGCCGCGAACCCUUCCGGCUCCAUGUGCUACUCGUACCCCGGCGACCUGCUCAUCGUGGGCAUCAUUGCCAACUACGCGGCCGUGGCCGCCGACACGUUCAGCUCGGAGCUGGGCAUCCUCUCGUCGGCGCAGCCGCGGCUCAUCACCACCCUGGGCCUGCGCAAGGUGCCGCCCGGCACCAACGGCGGCGUGACGCUGCUGGGGCUCGGCGCGGGCCUCUUUGGCGCGCUGCUCAUGGUGACGGUGGGAUUCUUGUUCCUGCCGACGUGCACGCCGGCGACGGCGGCGACGCUAGGCGGGGGCACGCCGUGGACGCUCGCGGACCGCCGCGUCUUCAUGGGGUUCCUGCUCGCUUGCGGCUUCAUGGGCACGGUGCUGGACAGCGUGCUCGGCGCGCUGCUGCAGCGCUCCGUCAGGGACGUCCGCUCGGGCAAGAUUGUGGAGGGGGAUGGCGGCACGCGCGCCAUGGUGCAUGCGACGACGACGACGACGACGGCGGCUGCAAGCGAACAAAAGACGACGGGCGAGCAGGAGCCGCUGCCGUCGUCGCCGACCAAGGGCCAUUUCCCAUCGCGGGUGGUUGAGAGUGGGCUCGAUCUCCUGGAUAACAAUGACGUCAACUUUUUAACGGCCGUGACGAUUAGCGUGGGUGCCAUGUACUUGGCGAGCUGGCACUGGGGCGUCCGGGUGGAGGAUUUGACGAAGCUAUGA